AUGGCAGAACCACCAGUUCAGGCCCCUUCGCCGUCUAGUGCGCCGGACGCUGAUGAACCAUCAUCCUUUUUAAUGCUAGUAUUUCACGCCUUCUUAUUCUUCUGCUCCUUCGGUUCCGGCAUCUUGAUCAUGGCCGCUGUGAUGUUCCUCCUCUUGGCUCUCGUCCGUUACUGUGACACACUACAAUGGAGGUCCAUGGUUACGAGUUUCCUCGAUAAAAUCCCACAUGGCAUCUACGUCGUGCCGUCUUCUCCUUCUCUACUGCCGUCGACUUCCGAUGACGUUCCCGAGCAUCAGCUGCAUCACUGCGUGAUUUGCAUGGAGGAGUACGCGGGUGGCGAGCAGCUGUGGGUGAUGCCGGCAUGCAAGCACGUGUUCCAUGAGGCCUGCAUCAAGCAAUGGUUGUUCAAGCCACCGUUGACAUGCCCCAUCUGUCGGGUCCAUGUGAUCCAAACCGACGACGACGAUGCCGACGACGACGACGACGACGGCGACAUCGAAACCCCGUUAUUGGUCGGAACGUUUUGA